AUGGAAUCGCUACCGAACGAACUGCUUGACGAAAUCAUCUACUUCCUCUCCGCUUCCCCUCCUUCCUUGAAGAGAUUACACCAGCCUCCUAGCGCUCGAAUCACGAAGUUAAGCAACCGUGUAUUGAAGAAUCUAUCCCUUACGUGCUCCCGCCUCUGCACGCUCGUCCGCCCUCGGCUUUUCUCACACGGUUGCUUUAAACUGAAGGACUUGGAAGAAUACCUCUCGUUCGUAUCGGAAUCAGACUUGGGCCGCUACGUCACAUCAGUGGUGGUAGAGAUUGAUGGUCCGGAUGAACCUAGGAGCUGCAAAUGGUGGCAACGCCUUCUUUCCUCUCUGAGGCCGCGAUGUCUGACAGUCGUUGCACCACCCUCGGUCAUAGGGGAGAUGUUCGGGAUGGAAAUACCACAGGAGCAUAGCUGGGCGUUUGAGAUUCGUCACCAAGUCGUGCAACUGAGUUGCGGCUCGCAAAGUUACGACGCCAUCUCUCAAGCAGACGAACAAGGUAAUAUACUAGAUUAUCCACCUUGGACAUCAAUGACAUUCAACGAAUCAUCCUCGCUAAAAGCAUACAACCACUACGAGUACUUUCUCUACCAAGUCCCCUCUAUCUUCCACCGCUGGAGUAUAUGGGCCUCAAAUAACGCUCCAUCUGAGCAAGCACCUUCAUAUUCCCAUCCACCCUCGCCGCUACGAAACCUAACCGCGUUCACCUACAUCGCAGUCUUCCCUUUCUACAACCAUGUCCAGCUGGUCCUAGACGUCGUGGAAAACAUGCCCAAUUUACACAUGUUAAAAAUUCAAUUAGGGCCGUCUCAGAAUGAUCGGGUCACCGAGCUUGAGCAGCGGGGUUCUAUGGAUCCGAGUGAUCCAUGGAUGGAGCUCGCUACGGGUUACUCACUAAUUGCGCAUGUCGUCAGGAAUCUAGGGAGAAGAGGCUGUCUCACAAGCUUUACUGCGUGUGAUUAUGAGAUGGACCCUGUUCGCGCUGAAAUUGAUGUUAUUCUUGGAGAUAUCUUGAGUGAUGGGCUGUGGACGCAUGACGGGCGUGGGACUUGGACGAAAAGAGUGACUGAGAUGAAUAGUGUGCGGCCAUUGUAAAUGAUCUAUAUUAUGGUUAUUGAUGUACAAUUACUUAAAUAUCAGCCUAGAAAGGUAUAUAGAACCACGAUAUUACAUAAAUACAUCGCCGCAGCCUUUUAAU